GGCGUAGUGGUUUAAAUUUAGUAGGAAUCAGCGUCAGCUGUCACAUGGGUUAACAUGAAUGGUGGCAUUUAUUAUUUUACACACAUCUAUGAUAUAUAAUUUUUUAAUUGUAAAUAUUAUGAUUUAGAUUUGAUGGAAUAUAUUAUCGCCUGUCUUUGUUUUUAUUGUUAUUUAUAAAUUACUGGUGGAAUGGGCCAUCAUCGUAAUACGACAUUUAAAGUUUGACUAAAAUGUGUUAGAAAUACAGAAAAAUGAUAGGAAAGUGUUGUCCGAAAUGUGUACAACAGGUCCCGGUGGCGUCCAAGACGUGCCGCUGCGGACACGUGUUCUUCACCACGAAGCGCACGGCCAACUACCAGCUGGACGCGGAGGACGGCGGCACGCAGCGCCGACGCACGGAGCGCGUCAAGCGGGGCAAGCCCAACUACUACGAUGCACUCGAGUUCGACAAGGAGAUCAAGAAGAGGGUGCAGAGCCGCGGGGGCACGGACAGCCCCCAGAAGAAGGACGGCGAGGACGGGCGCGGCAGCCACCUGCGCAAGCGACGCAAGAAGAAGAAGGCGGAGCGGGAGGAGGAGGAGAAGGAGGGGCCGGCGCUCAACACGAUGCCCGACAACGGCAUCAAGGGCGCCGUCAUCCUCGCCGAGAUCAACCGCCGGAUCGGCUCCGUGUCGUGGAGCGCCUGAGCGGCGGCACCUCACGCCCCUCUACAAACAUCUCGAAAAUAUCUGAUGAUAAUUAUCGCCUCACAGAUAUGUAUCGAUGUUCAACUCGAGGCUUGUAUAGACAGUAACUAAAUCGUUGUGUGAGCAAAACCUGUGGCCAUUCAAAUGACACACAAUGAUGAUGAGUAAGCGAAAAGAGCAGUGUAUCCGUAAUUAUUUCUCGAAAAUAUGUUAUAAUAAUUAUCGCCUCACAGAUAUGUAUCGAUGUUCAACUUGAGGGUUGUAUACAGACAGUAACUAAAACACUGAGCAAAACCUGUAGCCAUUCAAAUGACACGCAAUGAUGAUGAGUUAGCGAAAAGAGCAGUGUAUUCGUAAUUAUUUCUCGAAAAUAUGUUAUAAUAAUAAUCGCCUCACAGAUAUGUAUCGAUGUUCAACUCGAGGCUUGUAUACGGACAGUAACUAAAUCGCUGUGUGAGCAAAACCUUUAGCCAUUCAAAUGACACACAAUAAUGAUACGUAAGCGAAAAGAGCAGUGUAUCCGUAAUUAUUUUUCGAAAAUAUUUUAUAAUAAUUAUCGCCUAAGAGUUAUAUAUCGAUGUUCAACUCGAGGCAGUAAAUAAAUUGCUGUGUGAGCAAAACCUGUAGCCAUCAAAUGACACACAAUAAUGAUGAGUUAGCGGAAAGAGCAGUGUAUCCGUAAUUAGGGGCAUGCAUUUUUCAGCGGAAAAAAUCUGGAUGCCCGUCAGACUGCAAACAGCUGGUUCUUCCUUGUGAUUGGCGGCCGUCUGCCGGACAAGUAGUUGCCUUGUUAGGCCGAGCCACUCAGGACGCGUUUGCUUCCGCAACGAAUCACUGUGACUGGUGUUGUGACAAUCGACGUGCACCUGAAAAACUCACCCGAUCACGGAACACACACGAUGCUACAGUGUUUUAACUUUCAGCCAGUCUCAGAAUAUUUUCACGAAAUAUGUAUGCCCCUAUCCUUAAUUAAAGGGUAUAAAAGAGUAACUAUAUUUAUUUUAACAUCUGGACACACAUUUCUUUCAAAAGUCACAGGGCGUACCGGUCUACCUAGAGAACCGCUGCGUUCGUAACAAGUUGGGCGUGGACUGCAGUGCAUUUACUUUGAAAACUAGUGCAUAACAUAGCAUUCUUAGUACCCUCUUGGCAAAAUAAUUAAAUUUAUCCCCAAACCUAUUUUAAAAAAGUUUAAGUAUACCAACUGUAAUUUUUCUAUACAAUCGUAUCAGUGUAUGUGCCCUAUUGGUUUGUCUUUACAUGCCAUGUUUCAUUUUUUGUUGCUAUUUCAGACAGAUAAAAAAUUUUUGUGACAAUUAGCUAUAGAAGUUAAAUUGUCAAACUGGAAACAAAGUAAAUUACCUAUGUUGUUUUACCAUGAUGCAAUCAGUCCAACAACUUUCCUGACUUUUCAAAAUCAUGUAGCAGGUAUGUCCUUGUCCUUCAACCAAACCAAUGACUAGAGACAAGAUUAUAAGGUUUUAUUUUUAGUCCAAUUUCAUUCAGUGUUAUUGUUUUUAUGAAUUCUGUUUUGUAGUACGUUCUCCACCGAAAUAAUGUAUUUGAUUGUUGCGUUUUUAGGAUAAAAUAAUGUGUAAUAAAUUGGUCUAAAACAGAUACAUGAAAAUAUGAUUGUCCAACUUUGGGUGUUAAGAUGAUUCUUAAAAGAGAUUAUAUCACACAGUUUUGAAUGGUAAAAAUAAAUAAAUCCAACAGCUUGCAAAGAAAAUGUAUUACCUAUGUAUUUACAUAGUUUCAUGGCUCAACAAAUCACAGGAGGGAGCUUAUUGAAAUAAAAAAUCACGGGCUAGUGUAACUGUUGCGAAAUCUGAAGUAACUCAUGUGAAAUAGUUAUUUCUCACAGGUGGUCACAUUAUUACUAGACGAUAACCAUUAAAUAUCGGAAAUAUAUGUUUUGUGCUUUGUCUUGUGCCAAUUAUUAAGAUAAUUAUUUUAAAAUGGGAAUUGUAGUAAAAUAUUGCCAAAUACAGGAUGAUGAAUACAUUCCUCCGUAAAGUGAUGGGAAGUUUUAAAUCCAUGAUUUUAUAAUUAUUUAAUAAGGAAAAAAAAAACUUGAAAUUAGCAACUACCAACUUUUGUGACCUAUUGUUAGAGACCGGAAAAAUUCGCGAAUUCAUUUCGCGAUAGACUAAAAUACAAAUAGUUAUACCUCAGUGCUGCCUCUGCUAUUGGCUCGCAACUCACCUGGAUGACUCUGGGCCAACGAGAAACGCCCGACUAAAGCUUUAUCGAAUCACAGACUGCUACGUUAGGAUGUCUCACAAGACAGCAGCCAAUGAGUGGGUGGCAUGUAUGUAGUAAUAUUGAGUUCAUCCUGCAGGUCAUUUAACCUGCGAAUUUUUCCUGUCCCUAACUAUUGUACAUUUGGUGACAUUUUGGGGGCUUCGAUAACCCGUUGACACCGCUCGUAGCAGAGUGCAGUAGAGAUGCAUGGAAUAAGAAACUUCACAGUCUGCAGUUGUAAAUGUUUCAAUGUGUUCAUGUAUGAGAAGUUGUACACCAUCUGAAAUAUGACUGUGAAAGGCAAGAGGUAUCAACUAUAAUGCUUGUGUUGGUGCUAAAGACGAGAUUAUGUGGUUUAUUUUUUUGUAAACAUUGGUUUUUAAUAAAUCAACAAACACACA